UGAAUUUUCAGAAGUAUCAACAAAGUUAGGGAGCUUUACAUGUAAAUAAAAAUAAAAUACGGGACAGACAAAAAAAAAUCCGAAAGAUUCGGGUUUGUCCAACUCUGGAAAGUGAAGUUUGUGUCUUUAUUCGUUUGUCCUCCCACAAACCCUAUCUCUCCCCAGUCUCCACUUUCUUUUCUCCGCCACCACACAAACAUUAUUCUCCCUCCUCUCUUCUCUUCUUCGUCGUAAUUUCGUAAUCUCUCUUUAUAUACAAACAUUUCAUUCGACCUUUCUCUCUAUUCAUUACCUCUCAUUCUCUCCCAAACUAUUCCAUCCAAUUCUCCUUCUCCGUUCUUCGUAGCCAUCUCUCGUUCAGACAAAAGGAAUCUUCCAAUGGCGCUUGCGUAUGAUCCUCUCUUCAUUACAUCCGACAAAACCUCCAUCGAUGUCCCCUCUACCCCUCCUUCAAUGAUCUUAACCCAAGACGAGCUCAAACGCAUCGCCGCUUACAAAGCCGUAGACUUCGUCAAAUCCGGCAUGGUCCUCGGCCUCGGAACCGGCUCCACCGCCAAACACGCCGUCGCCCGCAUCGGCGAGCUUCUCCGGCAAGGAAAGCUCUCCAACAUCGUCGGAAUCCCAACGUCCACAAAGACUCAAGAACAGGCUCUCUCCGUAGGUAUCCCUCUCUCCGACCUCGACGCGCAUCCCGUCAUCGACCUCUCGAUAGACGGCGCCGACGAGGUCGACCCUUGUCUCAACCUCGUGAAAGGACGUGGAGGGUCUUUACUACGAGAGAAGAUGAUUGAAGGAGCGUCCAAGAAGUUUGUGGUGAUUGUUGACGAGUCGAAGAUGGUGAAGCAUAUAGGUGGGAGUAAGCUGGCUCUUCCGGUGGAGAUUGUUCCGUUUUGCUGGAAGUUCACGGCGGAGAAGCUUCGGGAGGUGAUGGAGGGGUACGGGUGCGUGGCGAAGCUAAGGUUAGGGGAGAAUGGGGAGGCUUUUGUGACGGAUAAUGGGAAUUAUAUAGUGGAUAUGUAUUUGGAGAAGGAUAUGGGAGAUUUGAGGGUAGUGAGUGAUGAGAUUUUGAGGCUGCCUGGAGUUGUGGAGCAUGGGAUGUUUCUUGAUAUGGCUUCUACUGUUAUUAUUGCAGGUGAGCUUGGUGUUAAGAUCAAGAACAAACACAGCUCUGGUUGUUGUUGAUUUUCUUGUUUUUUGGGUAUUAGGAGAAAGAGAGGAUUAUUAUUAUGCUUUUGUAAUGGAAGAAGAGGGAACUGAUAGUAGGAUAUGGUUUUGGAAUGGUUGAUAUAUGAUGUCAGUGUGAGGACAUUUGACUUUUCUUCACAGAGUUUUGGAUGAUUUGAUCUGAAUUGUUCAUUUUUGCUUCAUUUGCAUUUUGAAUUCUUCUCUUUCUAAAUAAUGGGCAUAUACAUUCUUAAGUGUUGGGCUUUGCUCUUUCUGUUAAAUACUUGAUAGGCUGAAAUUCGAAUUUUUAGUGCUUUUGUUGAUGUAUACGCACACAAUCAUCUAAAUGAG